UCAAAGCGGGAAGAACAUGGCGAUUUUGCAUUUCAUAUUUCGCGCUAAUCAGUGUUAGAUAGCGCUGCAAACGUUGUUCGAAAGCGUUAGUCAAGUGUAUUGUACAAUGAAAAGGGAUUACAUCGCAUUAUGUCCGUCAGGUCAUAGUUUUUACACGGUUAUAUUUGGUGAAGUCGUGCGUGGCGAGUUAUGCAACAUUUGGUGUAAAAGCGCUCCAUAAUAAGGCGUCCAGAUAUUGUGACACCUGACCUACUUAGACGGUAUCGUCGUAUUUAAGACAGUGAUUCUCACUGCCUGCAAACACCACGGAACUAGGAAAUCUUUCGGAAAUUGCGUCUUUCCGUGAUACAUUAUUGGAACACAGUGCCGUGAUUAGUAAAACCUGGUACCCACACAAAACCUCGCUCGAUACGUUCCUCCUCUCAAAAUACUUUCUCUUUUGUUGCUGUUCGAUGUGGUACAAAUUAAAAGUAAACGGUCACCUGAUUACAUUAGUGCUCGAGACGACGAAUUUCGUCAAGCUCUUUCUACGUCAUGCGACAUUUUUGUAGAGAUUGGUACAGCUAAUAUUUUCCCUUUCGUUACCCACUGCCGUAUCUACGAAUGGUAAAAUUGGGCGCAAAUCAAACGGUUAGCUUAUUUUUACGAAAUGGACGUGUCACAGCAUAGAUUAACAUUCUUCGACUUCAAUUCUUUUUUAUGUUCGAAUAUUUAAAUUUUAUUUGUCUUUUUUAACGCGUCGUUACCAAGUAUCUUUUAAUUUUAUUCGAGGUUACAGUUACAGACUCAUCGAAGCAUUUGGCCAUUAAAUGAUUCGAUGGAGCGCAAUGACUCGGGGAAUUAAAUUCUUUUUGUAACGUGACAAUACAUUCUGGUACUCGAAAUUCAUUGAGAUAAAGUCUAUUGCCGCGUAAAUCGUAGAUCAACGAGGAAGUCUAAAGAAAUUUUUUCAUUUCAUCUGUUCGAGCUUCGAUCGUACAGAUAAACCGCGUCCAAUUUCACGUUCGAAUCGAAUGCCUGUGCCUGUCGAUCGAGAGGAUCGCGCGAUCAUGGCACGGAGGAACCGAGUUGAACAAGUAAGCUCGAUAUAGAUAGAUGUCGCGGAGAAAUGGCAAGAGUUGUCAAAAGGUGGAUGAUUAGAAGCGUGAUUUGGGCGCGUGGCAUCGAUAAAGAGCGUCGACGGCUUAGGGCACCGGCACUGAGCACACGGUCCUGGAACUCGUGCUGUCAGAGCGCAACGGUGCGCCGGACGCUCGCUUGACUAAGGGAGUGCCCGUCCCGAUGCAAAGUGUAAGUGAAGUGGCCUACAGACCUACAUUUGUCUAACGUUCGAUUUUUUUCGAGCCGGCGGACAGGAGGUUAAUAAUCCGCGCGGGGCUCAUUUUUCCGCGGGCGUGUGUGAUGUCGCUGUUGUGUAAUAUACUGAUGUUUGGUUGAAAGAGACGGUGUAGUUUCGGUACGCUCAGACGGCGCUGGCCGGCGCGGGGAGCGUAGUAGUAAAAAGAGAGGAGGACAGCAAGAGCGUGCGCACACGGGAAGAAAGAGAGAAGGUGACAGAGAGAGAGAACAUACACAGAGAGAGGAGCGCGAGGAGGAGAGAGUGAGAGGGAGAGAGAGGGGGGGCAGAGAUACAGAUAGAAAGAAGGAAGGAGAUCGAGCUCCCGCGGUUCCGUUGGUCGGACAAAGAUAAAGAGAAAGAGACCGAGACGGGGACAGACAGAUAGAUAGACGGGGGUGAGAAAGAGAGCGAGGGCACGUAAGAGAGUGUGUAGGUGUUUCGAGAGAAGUGCGUGCGCUCGAGGACGACGUGCAGGAGGAGGGACCCCCGUCUGUCUGUCUGCUGGAAUGCACGAGGGCCGAAUGGCUACGGGGACAGGGGAAGGUGGGGGCCACAAGGCCCUCGAGAACACCACCGCGACUGCCCUUACGGAAUCAUCGUCGUCAUCGUCAUCGUCAUCGUCGUCCUCCUCCUCCUCCUCGGUACCGAUUCUCACUGAAAGCAACACUAAUUUACCUUUGCCGGGACCUCAGCAACAAACCAUUCAUCAGGUACAACAGCAACAGCAAGCUCAACAACAACAACAACAACAACAACAACAACAACAACAACAACAACAACAACAACAACAGCAGCAGCAGCAGCAGCAGCAGCAACCGCAAUCACAGCAGCAACAAACGCACUCACGACCACCGGCUAACCUGGUCACCGAUCUGCCAACGAACAAUGCAUCAGGUAACCUCAACCACUCAUCUCUAUGCUCUUCUUGCCGAGUUCUUUGUUGCCGCGGUAUACCGCUUGCCAAACUAUCUUCGUCUUUCUCCAGCUACUUUGCCUUGUUUCUACGCCUCACUCUCACUCUUUGCCAUCUUUCUCCUUCUCGCUUUCGCUUUCGCUUUCAACCGUUCCCCUCUCACUUCGUGCGUGCUGUCUUUCGUCCUUUUCUUGCUAACGUUUGCACGUUGCACGGUCUUCCCUCUUUCCUCCUUCCACCCCUCCCUCCUUUUCAUUCGGCUCUUUUUCUCUUUCCCACUCGCUC